AAACGUUUGCCACUUCAAAAGUCAUAUUCACAGAAAACCCCACGAAAACUUAUUAAAAUUCCAAAUCCAGACCGAAAACGGAAAAGAAAGAAAAAAGCUCCGAAAUUUCGUUCUCGGACGUUCAUACCCUCGGAUGUUCCUCGAAAUUUCUGGACACUUCCUCGAGGUAUAUCCGCAAAUAAGCCAACAACUCCGACCCUUUCAGGAAAAAAGGUUCCCUAGCUCUCUCUGUUUCCCUCUCUCUCUCUCUCUUGCGGCUGUGCGUUUCUGACUCAGAUCUAUGGGCUUCUGAGCCUACUUUCGGUAAUUGGUCGACGACGUUGGGUUUCUUGAAUCUGAAUCUGUUUUUCUCAGAAAUCAUGUCUUACUGAUUUCCCGAUCCGGUGACGUAAUUGCUGAUAUCUUUCUCAUUGAAUUUGCAAUUACUUGAGAGAGAGAGAAAGCUUUAUACAUAUGUUUACCGAUACUUCUGUAUUUUUUGGCUGAAAAUACAGCUCUACUUAUCGGCGCAUGAUAUUUUGAAAGAGAGAGAGAGAGAGUAUAUGCACAUGUGUUGAUGUGUAUUUUUAUAUCUACCGAGUUUUGAGCAGAGCUACAAUCGUCGGCGGAUUUGACAGAAGUCAUCGACGGAUUAGACAGAGUUUUAGAGAGAGAAUUGGUCUUAAUACUAUAGAAAGCUAGAGAGAGAGAGAGAGAGAGAGAGAGAGAGAGAGACCUGGGAUGGAUUUGGAUGAGUUUCGGACGAUUCUGUCGAAUUCAGGAGUAAACGUGUGGGAGAUAAUCGACGCGGCGAUCAGCGUAGCUUCGUCGGACUACGGGAAGGAGUUGAAGGACCGGAGAGACCUAAUCGUGGAGCGCCUCUACGCCGCCACGUCGCGCUGCGAGAACUGCGACGUGGACGGUCGUCGGAGGCUGCAAGUCGAGGAGAAACACAAGGUCUCGAUCGAGAUGGGCGAAAAUCAAAAGCAAGGUUCGCCCUUUUCGACCCCGGGGACCGUUCACGGGAACGACGACGUUGAGGACGGAGAAGAAGAAGGAGGAGGAGAAGAUGAACGGGUCCGAGAUCUGUUUGGGGAUUUGUUCGAUGAUGAUGAAGAAACCAAAAUUCUGAGAAUCAAAGAACAGAUUGAAGAUCCAGACCAGUCUGAAGAUUCUCUGGUUGAAUUGCUUCAAGGCCUAGCAGAUAUGGAUAUAACAUUCAAAGCUCUCAAGGAAACCGAUAUUGGGAGGCAUGUGAAUCACUUGAGGAAGCACCCUUCGAAUGAAGUGCGGAGACUGGUUAAACAACUCGUCAGAAAAUGGAAAGACUUGGUUGAUGAAUGGGUCAAAUUGAAGGAAACAGAUGAGCACGCUUCUUCUACUCUCCUUGGAGGUUUACUAAUGGCGGCAGCUGAUGGAGACUCCCCGCUGCAGAGCGUACCGCCGAGGAAUGCCCAAAACGGUUAUCACCAGGUUCCUGAUUUCGCGUACUCUCCAAAUCCACACAAUGGGAGUUCCGGUUCAGACAAGAACUAUUCAGAACCAGAACCAAAACCAAAACCAAAACCAAUUCCUAGAAGAGAUGCUCCUGCCAAACAGUCACAUUCCCUUCCCAUAUCUGCUUCUGCCCCUCCUAUUGUUAAGAGAGAACAAAAGGAAUCAAACAUAGAUGAAAGGCUGGCUUCAGCUAGGAAACGUCUUCACGAGAACUACCAAGAAGCUCAGAAUGCCAAAAAGCAAAGAACGAUUCAGGUGAUGGAUAUUCACGAGAUUCCAAAGCCAAAGAAUACUUUCUUUGCCAAGAAUAAAGGCGGCUCUCAAGGAAGGCACCGGUGAUUGGGCCCAAUUCUCCCCUCCCCACUACGGUACUACCACUACAGAACAAAAGGACACCAAAAACGGGGUUAAUUAAUUACCGAAAUGCGGCAUAAAGUUAUCCCUGUUUUUGAAAUUUUCCCCUCACGGUUUUUAAUCUCCAAUUUGAUUUGCUCUUGAAUUGUCUGUAAAAUUGAACCAGCUUAUUUAAAUGAAGAACUUGAGGUUCUCGUU